GGGGCCGCAGGGAGAGGCUCCUGUGAGGGCGGUGCGUGGCGGCCUGCAACCUCCCGCCAUUUGUUUUACUUUAUUUUAUUUUGAGAGAGAGAGGUGAGGGAGCUGAGGCGAGGGCUCGCAGUGUCACCCUCGGGGCUGGCGGCGGUGGUACGGUCCGCGGUCGCAGAGUACGCGGGCUGCUGUCCUUACGGAAGGGCUGCGGGGCCGAGCGCUGCCCGGAAUCCAGCGGAGAUCGGAGUGAGUGGCGGGCCCUGCUGCUCCUGAUGCUCCUGCAGCAACUCGGGGGGCGGCGGUGCCGGCGGGGUGGGUCGUGCCCCAAAGUGCCGGAGCUUUUUCUGUACCCGUCUGCCGGCGCCUUCAGGGUUAAAGAGAAGGGUGCUGGGGAAGGUAGUGCUGCCCCGUUAAAGCCUCUGUGUGACAGUUUUAAAGAUAAUCGUAAUGAAAUUGUUAUAUCAGGGAGGGUCCUGAUGCUACAAUAAACAAUAUUUAAGGAUCGGGCCCGUAACUAAACCAGCACGCUGUAUGCUGCUCAGGGGAGCGGUUACUUUGCCCUUAGAGAUGUGUAUGUGUUUGUAUAGACGUACAUGUGUGUACAUGCGUACAUCUUACAAACAUGUAUAUCUCCACAUGUGCAAGUGUGUGUACAUGCAUGUAUAAAUACGUAUAUGAAACCACACUUCCUUGUUUGUGGUGGCGUCUGGGCUUGGAAUUGUCCAGACGAAGCACGUAACAGCGUGCUGAUUUAGACGUUAGCUCCGCUAAAGCAGCCCAGGAGGUUUUGCCCACCGGAAUCGACAUGGAGUUGUAGGCGCUUCCUUUUGGCUCUGUACUUCCUUUUUCCCUGGAGGACUGACGAGGAUCUGAGGCCUGAAAAGGAAAAUUUAUCUUGGAUUCAGGUCAUCAAAUCUUACUUCCUCUAUGUUGGACCCACAGAUAGAAAUUUAUUGUUUAAUCUGGUUUUAUUCUAAAGAUUAUGUAUAGUUUUCUACUCAGUUGUACCAUAAUAAACAGAUGCUCUCGAUGCUGUGUUUUUUAAAGGAGCAAAUUGGUCACUAAGCCUUUUGUGUGUUAUAACAUAUUAGAACAUUUCAGCAAGCUCUAGAUUAGAAUAAUUUCCCGGAAUCUUUUUGAUGCUGCUUCCUGAUUAGAUUUUUUUUUUUGUCACCUGACCCUUGCACUAAGCACUCCAAAGCCUGUCUUUGUGCAGAGAUGCAGCAGUGCUGAAUGAAGACGUAAAUUUCUUUUUAGAAUUUAGAGAUUGCAAGGGUGAGGAAAUAAUUUGCCCUGUCGUCCAUCUGACUGUGUCUCAUGGUUUGGCACCUAGCCAGAUCGUUUCAGGAAGAGAAAGUACAACCUGGCCUGUGGUGGUGUAGGUAAUCGCUUGGUUUAACAAGAGCAGGGAAUGUGAUGAAAAGUAAGACAGUGCUUUUACCCAGCUGUCACAGCUGUGUCUCAGUUUAGUCUUAAUUCUUUGUUCUUGCUUGCUUCCCAUGGCCGUUAGUUCAAAGUAGAUGUGAGUUUUUGGAAGUAAAGCUCAGCUGUAGUUUUUCGUGAUUUAUGUUUCCAUCCUAGCAUGUUUGUGGUCUGCUCCCAGCUGGAGAUCUGGCAUUCAUUUAGCAGUCUGUUUCACACCUGUAGCUGUACCAUGUCAGCUCUAUAGGGAUGAUGGGACAGGUUUCUGCUGCUUUCACAAAAUUGUUUGUUAAUGCAGAUGGUUUUAAAAUGCAUACAUAGCACAUCAAGUUAAAGAGAGGAUGGCUUGAAAACAAAUGCAAAGAUAUAUUGCAGCUACUUUAGGAAAACUAUUAGGAAAACUUUUUCCCCCCCUUUAAAUAAUAUUGAAAACAUUAUUAUAUCCAUGAUGCAAGCCUAACUAACGUUUUGACAUUGAAUGCUAAUCACAUGUAGAAAGAGAGAUUUGUUUUGUAUGUAGCAAGUGGUUUGUAAGUUGUCAGCUUGGUGACUAGAUUCUACAGUGCAUAUGUACUCCAUUAUGUUUUGUGCAGGUGCAACUGAGAACAAAUUUGAACAGCAGACUUCUUAGCAUAAACAGAAGUACUGGAACAAUGUAUGCUCCCAUUGCCCCAAAAUCAAAUAGUUUUUUACAUGAGCUUCAGUGUUGUAUUGCAAACUUGCAAGUUGACUUAAAUAAAAGUUAGAAUGUGUUUUACUCUAGCCAAGUCAAAAGCACCUCAUUUCCAUGUUGUGUAUAUGCUCUGCUUCAGGUUGAUGAUAAAACAAUACGUAAGUGAAAAAUUAGCCUCUGCAGAUCAGUUAUUUCUUCCAGGAGAAUGUAUCUCAGUUAGGUACUACGUAUGUCUCAUUUAUGAAAUAGGAGAGAUAUCUAACUGUUUUAACUUUUCUUCAGGUUUUUUUUUUUUAGAAAGUAGAUUAAAUGGCGAUGUUAAUUCGCACUUUAACAGAUCAUAGUGAUGAUGUCAACUGCUGUGCCUUCUCAUCGUCGUGCUUGGCUACUUGUUCCUUGGACAAAACAAUUCGUAUUUACUCUUUAAAUGACUUCACUGAGCUCCCAUACUCACCUUUGAAAGGUCAUACAUAUGCUGUCCACUGCUGCUGCUUCUCCCCAUCAGGACACACUUUAGCUUCGUGUUCAACAGAUGGUGCUACCAUCAUCUGGGACACUCGCGAUGGUCGGAUGCUGGCAGUGCUGGGGCAGCCCUCUGGCAGCCCGGUCAGAGUCUGCCGGUUUUCUCCUGAGUCCACCUAUCUGGUGUCAGGUGCAGCUGAUGGAAGUGUGGUUCUCUGGAACACGCAAACAAUGAAACUCUACAGAUCUGGGAAUGUUAAAGAUGGUUCUUUGGUGGCCUGUGCAUUUUCUCCGGGUGGAAAUUUCUUUGUCACUGGAUCAUCAUGUGGUGAUUUGACUGUUUGGGAUGAUAAAAUGAGAUGUCUGUGUAAUGAAAAAGCACAUGAUCUUGGCGUUACCUGCUGUGAUAUUUCAUCACGUCCAGUUUCUGAUGGUGAACAUGCAUCCGGGUACUUCCAGCUGGCUUCUUGUGGUCAAGAUAGUGGUGAAUUAAGAUAUAAAUGCACAUUGAGUGGACAUUCUGCCCCAGUUCUGGCUUGUGCAUUUUCUUAUGAUGGGCAGAUGUUAGUUUCAGGGUCUGUGGACAAGUGUGUCAUAAUAUAUGAGACUAAUACUGGCAAUAUCCUUCAUACUUUGUCUCAGCAUACCAGAUACGUUACCACUUGUGCUUUUGCACCACAUAGCCUCUUACUUGCCACGGGUUCAAUGGAUAAAACUGUGCACAUAUGGCAACUGGACAGUGAGCAACCCCGUGCAGGAGACACUACAGAAAAUGACUCUAAGAUGAGGACUGCUGAGAACUGGUCAGAGGAUGACGUUUCAGCCUGGCUUUGUGCACAAGGCUUAGCAGAACUUGUUGGGCUUUUCAAAGCAAAUAACAUUGAUGGCAAAGAACUCCUGAAUCUUACAAGAGAAAGUCUGACUAAUGAAUUAAAAAUUGAAUCUCUUGGCCUGCGCAGUAAAAUCCUCCAGAAGAUCGAAGAGCUGCGGAUGAAAACGGUCUCUGUUGCUGUUCCUGAUGAAUUCUUAUGCCCUAUAACACGGGAGCUCAUGAAGGAUCCUGUCAUUGCAGCAGAUGGGUAUUCCUAUGAAAAGGAGGCAAUGGAAAACUGGAUCAGCAAUGAAAGACGAUCUAGUCCCAUGACAAAUCUUCCUCUUCACAGUCUUGUGCUUACACCCAAUAGGACACUGAAAAUGGCCAUCAGCCGCUGGCUGGAGACUCAGCAGAAAUGUGGUGAAACCACUCCGCUGUGAAGCUGUUUACUAAAAUGAAGGUAAAUGUCAUUGGAUGGAGCUAGAGGAGAUAUCUGUGUCAGAAACACUGGGAAAGAAAAAAGUUCUCUUCUUUCCUGGCUGUCACUUUUAACGGUUGUGCUAAAUGAGCAUUUUCAUUGUUGGAAGCUCCUAAAAAAAAUUUCUGAACAUUUUUUUUAAGUUAUUUGUUAUUUUACUCUGUGGUAUUUCUGUUAAAGAAAUCAAACACUCAGAUUCACCAUUUUUCAAAUAAAUUUUCUUAAAUUUUUUUCUACA